AUGUCCACAGCGUGGAGAAUAUCGCUGCUGUUGAUUUGCGUGGGAGCUGCGGUCUCCAUCGCGCUGAAAGCAACUAGCGUGUGCGCAGCAGAACCAGGCGAGUCGGAUUUCGAAUCGCACGUCGCACCGAUCCUCAUCAAACGCUGCCUCGAAUGUCACAACGCCACCGAGGCGGCCGGCGAACUCGUGCUCACUUCACAAGCAACACUCGAACAAGGCGGAGCCAGCGGUGAGGCUGUCAUCCCAGGCGAGCCAUCGGAAAGCUAUUUGCUCGAACGCAUCCUUUCCGGAGAUAUGCCCCCGGAGAAGAACGGUCAACCGCAACCCCUGCCCCAAGCUGAGAUCGACCAGCUUACUGCCUGGAUUCGCGACGGGGCCCGCUGGCCGGCCGCUCGCGUGCUUGAGCAAUACGAAGCCACGAGCGACGUCCGCGGCGGCCUCGACUGGUGGUCGAUUCAACCCCGCCAGCGACCCGAAGUCCCGUCGGUUGCCAACUCCGAUCAGGUGAACAACGCCAUCGACGCCUUCAUUCUCGCGCGUCUCGAAAGUGAGGGCAUGACACUCGCCCCGCCGGCCGACACGCGAACGUUAAUCCGCCGCGCCUUCUUCGACCUCACAGGGCUUCCCCCCACCUACGAACAGAUCGAAGCCUUCGCCGCCGAUCCCUCGCCCGACGCGUACGAGAACUUGAUUGACCAACUACUAGAUUCCCCUCAGUACGGCGAACGUUGGGCCCGGUACUGGUUAGACCUGGUGCGUUUCGCCGAAACCUGCGGUUACGAGCGUGAUCAAACCAAGCCGAACGUAUGGAAGUAUCGCGACUGGGUCAUUCGCUCUUUGAACGAAGACAAACCCUACGAUCGCUUCAUCGAAGAACAACUCGCCGGCGACGAACUGCCCGACCGUUCGGAAGAAACGGUCACCGCCACCGGCUUCCUCCGCGUCGGCACCUGGAACGACGAACCCAACGAUCCGUUCGAGUACAAGUUCGAGCGACUUGACGACCUUGUGCAUGCCACCAGCACCGCAUUCCUCGGCGUAACCGUGAAGUGCGCCCGUUGUCACGAUCAUAAGUUCGACCCCAUCCCGCAGGUCGACUACUACCGCAUGGCGAGCAUCUUUUGGCCCGGCUACAUCCAGCCGGGCGAUCGCGGACUGCUCGGCGGCCCCAGCCCCGAAGCUCUCGGCUACGACGUGUUCGGUUGGACCGAUGCCACCCGCGAGCCAGAACCGCUGCACUUGCUGAUCAAAGGCAACCCCCAUCAGCCAGGGCCGGAGGUCACUCCUGGCGUCCUGUCGAUGAUCCCCAUACUCGAGCGACCAAUCGAUCCGCCUACAGACGCGGCCACCACUUCGCAGCGCCGCUUACAGUUGGCCCGUUGGAUUGCCGAUCCCGCGAACCCUUUAACCGCGCGGGUAAUGGUCAACCGCUUGUGGCAACAUCACUUUGGAGAGGGCAUCGUACGAACGCCCAACAACUUUGGGUUCACCGGCGCACUGCCCACGCAUCCUGAGCUGCUCGACUACCUGGCCGAAGAACUGAUCCAGCACGACUGGAAGCUGAAACCACUCCACAAGAAGUUGAUGCUUUCGGCCACGUAUCAGCAGGCGUCGCAACAUCCCCUGCAAGACGCCUACGCCGAGAGUGAUCCUGGAAAUCAACUCUGGUGGCGGUUCUCUCGUCACCGCCUCGACGCUGAGGCAAUUCGCGACACGAUGCUCAGCGUCGCUGGCCUGUUGGACUUGCAGUUGGGCGGUCCCAGCUUCCAUCCGCACAUCAGCCCCGAGGCCCUCGAAGGCCUCUCAAAGAAGGAUGAAGCUUGGGAGGAAUCCCCCGCCGAAGACCGCUGGCGGCGAAGCAUCUACAUGUUCACAAAACGGGCCCUGCUUCCACCGCUAAUGACAACGUUCGACUUUUGCGACACCACCCAGCCCUGCGGCCAGCGCGACAUCACCACCGUACCCACCCAGGCCCUGGCCCUGUUGAACAACGGCUUCGUCCACGAGAUGAGCGAUGCUCUCGCCGAGCGCGUGCAAGACGAAGCCGCCGACGAUCUCUAUCAACAAGCCAACCGUGCCUGGCGACUGACCCUGGGGCGUUACCCAUCGUCCACCGAACUUCAGGCCGCCGUCGAACACCUCCAGUCGCAGGCCGAAUACUUCGCCGACACAAACGACACUGACUCUACAGAGUCUCCGCCGGAGUUCCUGGCUUUGGCCUCCCUGAACACGCCCUUAGUCAAGCCACCGCGAGUCGCCAUCAUGCCCAGCAAUAACAAACGACCUGCCUUUCCCUGCGGCGUAACGCGUCGUGAGUGCGUAUGGCAAAUGGGUGCUGGCUUCGUUGGCCUGGCGUUGGCCGACCUGCUGGGGCGCGAUGGUUUCUUCGAUCGCCACGCGACGGCCGGAGAACUUCCGACGAGCGAAAAUCCCUUGGCGGCCCGAGAGCCGCAUUUUCCGACCAAGGCCAAAAGUGUCAUCUUCCUGCUGAUGAACGGCGCACCCAGUCAGGUCGACACGUUUGAUUACAAGCCCGACCUCGAGAAGUACGCCGGGCAACCACUUCCCGAGGACAAGAAGUACAUCAACUCCGGCGGUCGCAAGGUGGGCUACCUCACGCCGGCCUUCCGCAAGUUCCGCCCCGGAGGCGACAGUGGAUUGCUCAUCUCCGAUUACUUCCCUCACACCCGCGAACAUGCCGAUAAGCUGGCCGUCAUUCGUUCCUGCCAUGCCGACAGCCAUGCCCACGGGUCGGCCCUGGUGCAGAUCAACACCGGCAGCACGUUCAUCGGCCGGCCAUCGCUAGGUAGCUGGUGCAGCUACGGACUGGGAACCGAAAAUCAGGACCUCCCGGCCUACGUCACGAUUCUCGACAAUCGCGGCGGCCCCAUCAGCGGGCAGCCCAAUUGGUCCAGCGGGUUCAUGCCGGCCACCUAUCAAGGCACCCUGUUCCGUCCCGUGGGCGAUCCGAUUCUCGAUCUUCGCGGCCCCAAACACAUCGACCGCCAAGCCCAACGCGAGCAACUCGACCUGUUGGCCCAGCUCAACGAAGAGCACCUGAAGCAACGCAAAGGUGGCAGCGAACUGGCCGCGCGAAUCAACAGCUACGAACUCGCAUUCCGCAUGCAAGCCGAAGCCCCCGAGGCCGUCGACCUGGCCAGCGAAGACCAGCGAACACUCGACGCCUACGGAGUUGGCAAAGAACCUACCGACGAAUUCGGCCGCAACUGCAUCGUGGCCCGGCGUCUGGUCGAACGCGGCGUUCGCUUCGUGCAGUUGUACUCCGGUGGCGGACACCUGGAAGACACUUGGGACGCGCACAAAAGUAUCGAAGCCAACCACGGGCAGCACGCAGGCGAAACCGAUCAGCCCAUCGCCGCGCUGUUAGCCGAUCUCGAACAACGGGGCCUGCUCGACAGCACGCUCGUGGUCUGGGGCGGUGAGUUCGGCCGCAUGCCGUUCAGCGAAGGCCAAGGUGAACCGGGUCGCAACCACAACCCUUACGGCUUCUCGAUGUGGAUGGCCGGCGGUGGCGUUCGCGGCGGCGUGGCCUACGGAGAAACCGACGAGUUCGGCUUCGAAGCCGUCAAAGACAAGGCCCACGUGCACGACAUUCACGCCACCAUCCUUCAUCUUUUGGGUAUCGACCACGAACGCCUGACCUACUUCCACCAAGGUCGCGAAGAAAGCCUCACCGAUGUCCACGGUCGGGUGUUGAAAGACAUCAUCGAUUGCCGUAGACGCUGCUUCAUCCAUCACUAUGCUGUGCGUUACUGGGGUCACCCCACUUACGGCUGGCCACUUAACCACGACCUAUUCGCGACCGCACUAAGGCAUCCGAUGAAAGUCCUGCGAAAAGCCCUGCUCGACGGAUCGUUUCUGCUCGAUAUCGAAGCACACGACAUGCGUUCGAUUCUGCAGAAAACGCUCAGCUUCGUGGUCGCGCGUGGAAUGUUGCCCGACGAUCGACGGCAAGAUGUCGAAGAUGCUUUGAUGGAGCGCGAAGGGCAGGCCUCAACCGCUAUCGGUAAUGCGGCCGCGGUCCCUCAUGCCUAUCUCGAUGCCUUCAAAGAGCCGGUCGUUGUCUUCGUCCGCCUGGCCCAUCCGGUGAACCUGGGAGCACCCGACCAGGUACCCACGCGGUUUGUCUUCGUAUUGUUGGGUCCCACCAGUUCAGUCGCGCGGCAUCUCGAUCUGUUGGCCACCAUCGCCCGCUUGAUGGUCGACGACGAAUUUCGCUUCGAGGCCCGACACGCCCGCACCCAGCUCGACUUGAUCGAAGCGCUCGACCAUUUCGUCGCACGAAAUGCCCCCGAGCCGAUUCGCAAAGAGACCCCGAUUCCCGAGUCGUUGGAAUACACCGGCCGACCCUUCGGCGGAAUCAUCAACGACAUCCGUCGCCGCUGGCCAUGGUAUAUCAGCGACUUCACCGACGGACUGCAUUCGAAAAGCGUCGCCUCGACCCUGUUUCUGUUCUUCGCCUGCCUGGCCCCGACGGUCACCUUUGGCGGCAUCAUGGGCGAGUUGACCGGAAAUCAAAUCGGGCCGGUCGAGAUGAUCAUCGCCACCGCCUUCGGAGGUGUGUGCUAUGCGCUAUUUGCUGGCCAGCCGCUAAUCAUUCUCGGCGGCACCGGACCGCUACUGAUUUUCAUCAGCAUGCUCUACGCCCUUUGUGUGAAGCUGGGGCUCGAAGAGAACUUCCUGCAAGUGUUCUGCUGGGUUGGUCUCUGGACAUCGCUGCUGGUAAUCAUCAUGGCCGUGACCGACGCCAGUAGCUUCCUCAGAUAUUUCACCCGCUUCACCGACGAAAUCUUCGCAGCCCUGAUUUCGCUCAUUUUCAUCUCCGCUUCUCUCGAAGCGGUCUUCAACAUCUUCAGCGACGUGUACGCCCAAGAGGAGGUAAGCCACGAUGAGGCCCUGGUCCCCCUGGUGCUGGUGGCCGGCACGUUCUACAUCGCCAUCUCGUUAUCCCGCUUCCGACGUAGCCGGUACCUGCUUCCUCAAAUGCGCGAGUUCCUGGCCGACUUUGGGCCGGCAAUCGCGCUGGGCAUCAUGACCGCGGUGGCCGUCCUGUGGUUCAACGAUGUGAAUAUGGCUCGCUUGCCGGCACCCGAAUCGAUUCGCCCCACAACCGAACGAGCCUGGUUGAUCAAUCCAUUCGAAGCCCCCAAGUGGAUCUGGUUCGCCUCGCUGGGGCCGGCGCUAUUGGGGGCCGUCCUGGUCUAUGUCGACCAGAACAUCACCGCGCGACUGGUCAACAGCCGCGACCACAAGCUGCGAAAAGGCGAGUCCUACCACUACGAUCUGGCCAUUGUCGGCGUACUGGUUGGCAUUUGCUCGAUGUUCGGCCUCCCUUGGCUCGUGGCCGCCACCGUGCGUUCGCUCAAUCACGUGCGGAGCCUGGCCACAUUCGAAGAGGUGGUCGCCAAAGGGGGCGACGUGCGAGAACGCGUGAUUCACGUCCGCGAAACCCGCGUGACAGGCAUGGCCAUUCACCUGUUCCUGGGCCUUUCGAUUCUGGCCCUGCCGCUACUACGGACGAUUCCCAUGUCGGUCCUUUACGGACUGUUCUUCUUCAUGGGCAUCGUGUCGCUCAGCGGAAACCAAUUCAUGGAACGGCUAAGUCUCUGGCUCACCGAUCCCGAUCUCUACCCCGCCACGCACUACAUUCGUCGCGUGCCGAUGAAGACGAUCCACAAAUUCACGCUGCUUCAACUCGCUUGCCUGGCGGUGUUGGGCCUCAUCGAACUAACGCCCGCGGGCCUGUUGUUUCCGCUGCUGCUGUUGCUGCUGGUUCCCGUGCGGUUCAUCGCCGGGCGGUACUUCUCCCCCGAGGCGCUCGCAGCCCUCGACGCCGAGGAGGAACCAGACCAAGAAGAAACCCACUGGGUUUAG